UGAAACCAUUUACCAUUGAUACACACUUUACUCACAAAGAAUUGUUUUGUUUAUUAUGUUCAUCUGAACAGGUCCUUGAUCAGUUGAAAAUGGUGAAUUUCUCUCGUAAUGGUUACCACGUCUCAUUUGAUAACAAUGGUGACCCUGUGGCCUUCUAUGAGCUGAUUAACUGGCAACAAAAUAGAAAAGGGGAUCUCGAGUUUGUAACAGUGGGAAACUACGAUGAAUCUCUUUCUCCUGGACAGAAGUUUACUAUAAAAAGGGAAAUCCGUUGGACAGACAGUAGCACACAGGUGCCUGUAUCCAUAUGCAGUGACAGCUGUCCACCAGGAACACGCAAGGUUUUGCAGAAGGGGAAGCCAAUUUGCUGCUAUGAAUGUGUACCAUGUGCUGAAGGAGGAAUAAGUAAUACUUCAGGUAUAAGCAAUGGUAUUAAUCCUAAUGUCAACUAUAGACAUACUGCAAAACCUUCCCUAAUUAUAUAUUUCUCUUUCUUAGAUUCAUCUGACUGCUUGUCUUGUCACAAGGAGUUCUGGCCCAAUGCAGAGAAGACCUUAUGUCUUCCAAAGCCUGUUGAGUUUCUUUCUUUUCAUGAGGUUUUGGGAAUCAUCUUGACAUCAUUUUCAGUUGGAGGAGCAUGUUUAACCAUUGUUACAGCCAUAGUUUUCUUCCAUCAUAGGUAUACUCCAAUAGUUAGGGCCAACAACUCUGAACUGAGCUUUCUUUUGCUCUUCUCCUUGACUUUGUGUUUCUUGUGUUCUCUUACAUUCAUUGGUCGUCCCUCGGACUGGUCCUGUAUGCUUCGCCACACAGCCUUUGGGAUAACAUUUGUCCUCUGUAUUUCUUGUGUUCUGGGAAAGACUAUAGUUGUGUUAAUGGCAUUUAAAGCCACACUGCCAGGUAGCAACAUUGCUAAAUGGUUUGGCCCUACACAGCAGAGAAUGACUGUAGUAUCUUUUACAUUUGUUCAAGUCUUGAUAUGCAUUAUUUGGUUGGUUCUUAGGCCUCCUUUCUCUAUUAGAAACCUGACCACCUACAAUGAGAAAAUAAUUCUAGAAUGUGCAUUAGGCUCAGCGAUCGGUUUCUGGGCUGUGCUUGGGUACAUCGGUCUCCUUGCUGUAUUUUGUUUUGUUUUAGCUGUUCUGGCCCGAAAACUACCUGACAAUUUUAAUGAAGCUAAGCUUAUUACAUUUAGUAUGCUUAUAUUCUGUGCUGUUUGGAUCGCUUUUAUCCCAGCAUAUAUCAGUUCCCCUGGAAAGUUCACUGUAGCUGUUGAGAUCUUUGCCAUAUUGUCCUCUAGUUUUGGGUUGAUAUUCUGUAUAUUUGUUCCAAAAUGUUUUAUCAUUUUAUUUAGACCAGAGAAAAACACCAAGAAAAAUGUAAUGGGUAAAAAAUAACUGGUUGAUUUUCAUUGAUUAAUUAACAAGCUUUUGUUAAUUAAUCAAGAAAGAAUGCAAACUUUAUAAUAUAACUAAAACGUUAUUUUAUUUUGAUCUUCUUAUAGGCAUAUUUCUGUACUUAGUUACGUCUGCCAUCGAUUGUUUAAUAGAUAACAUAAGUAAGUUGGAUUUU